AUGUCCGACGACGAAGAGCAAAUCUCGGUCUACGAUGAGGUCGAGAUCGAGGACAUGACCUUCGACGAGGACAUGCAAAUCUACCACUAUCCAUGCCCCUGUGGCGACCGCUUCGAGAUUGCACUUGUCGACCUCCAGGACAGCUCCAACGACAUCGCCGUCUGCCCCAGCUGUAGCCUCAUGAUCAGGGUUAUAUACGAAGUGGAUGAUCUCCCCAAGCCAGAUGAGCCCGAACCCGAGCCGCAGCCCGAACAGCCCGCCCAGGUCCCCGUGGCGGUGUAA